CACUUCCAAAUACCCAGUUAGUUACCCAUUGGCCCAAAAGGCAAAAGGCGACCCAAGUCCAAAGGGUAAUAGGGUUUAUUCACGCUAACUAAAAUGCUAGUACGCUAAUAAUUCACAAAAGCUCAAUUUUUGCUCAAAACUGUUCAAUUUAGAGAGACGAAACGCUGCUUCCAAUCGCUGCUCGCGCUCAACAGAAAGAGUCACCACUGGGUUUGGCCACACAAUCUGCUCACCCAGCCCGCUUUUCGCCUGAUGAUAAAUUUUCAAGGCAAAGAGUGCUUCUGAAGAAGCGUUUUGGUUUGCUUCCUACCCAAAAACCACCUCAAAAGUAUUAGGCAUUUUUGGUGUCUAGUAUUCCUUUCUAGCUGUUAGCUUCCCUGUCUUGCCGUUGUUGAUGUGAAUCAUUUUAAGUAAUAUGGUUUUAACUCAGAUUGCAUGUCAGAACUUCAAAACCCGCAUGUAUUAUUGAUGUUUUAUUUUACUUAACGGUGGAAAGAUGUGGAAUUUUUCUUAAGGGGCUCCGUAAAUCUGAGAGGAGCCAAAGGUUGCUUCAAAUUUGAUCUAUACAAUCUGAAUGAGAUGACUGUUAUGUAGAAA